AUGGCAACAUACGAUGACGAACCAGUCGAUCGCUAUUACUAUUCUACUUACAACCCUUACGUGGGCAGAUACCGGCCAAGGGAGGCUCCGUGGAAGUACAAAAGUAGUUACCUAUCUCACUAUGGCGACGCCUCAGAGGCCUUCAACAACCAGCAGCGGGCCCAACUUAAGUCCAUCCUUUCCCAGAUCAACCCCAAGCUGACGCCGAGGCUCCGCAAGGCCAACACCAAGGAUGUAGCCGUGCAGGUCAACCCCAAGCAGGACGCCUCGGCGCAGUGUUCCCUCGGCCCGCGAACACUCGUCGCCAUGAAGCGAGACUUCCGGCGUAAGAAAACCUCCGAAAGCUCAGCGGCGUCCGGCCAGAGUGGAAGCCCCAAGGGUAUCGUGCGGUACCCGCGGACCCUGGCGCUCUACUCGCCCGUCGCCUACCGUAACAUUACCUGCUUUGUGGCGGAGGAUCAGCAGUCGCCGCCGGGGGAGACUCCCCCGGCCAAGGGGCGAGAGGAGGUCGAAGAUGAGGCCGCUGCGGUGGACGCCACCGUCGACGAAGACGACGACGACGCGCAGAAGGAAGGUGAGGAGAGCCGGGAUAAGCCGGACGAGUCAAAAAAGCCGAAGAACGACACGGCAGCAGCCAUAGAAAAGGCUUCAAAGGGGCAAGCAAGAGUGCGGUUCCAGUUUCUGGAGCAGAAGUAUGGCUAUUACCACUGUCGAGAGUGCAAUCUAAGAUGGGAGAGCGCCUAUGUAUGGUGUGUUCAGGGCACCAACAAGGUUUACUUCAAGCAAUACUGCAGAAAAUGCCAAAAGGAGUUCAACCCAUACAGAGUGGAGGACAUCACAUGUCACACCUGCAACAAAGCCCGCUGCUGCUGUGCUUUACCCCAACGCCACGUGGACCCCAAACGUCCACACAGGCAGGACUUGUGUGGCCGCUGCAAAGGCAAGCGACUCUCCUGCGACAGCACCUUCAGCUUCAAGUAUAUCAUUUGA